UCCCGGGGCGCUGGACCUCCCCGAAGGCUGCGGGUUCGCCGGACCGAGGCGAGAGGGGGAAAUGGUCCCCGCCCGGCCACUCGCGGGUUGAGGAGGGGCUGUCCUGGCAGGGUGGCAGGCCAGCUGCGGCGCGGUGCACCGUUGGGAAGGGGUGCGUUGCCGUCCGGUCCUGCUGCUGAAUGUCCGUUCCAGAGGAUGAGGAGAGGCUUUUGCCGCUCACCCAGAGAUGGCCCCGAGCGAGCAAGUUCCUGCUGUCAGGCUGCGCGGCGACCGUGGCCGAGCUAGCAACCUUUCCCCUUGAUCUCACAAAAACUCGACUCCAAAUGCAAGGAGAAGCUGCUCUUGCUAGGUUGGGAGACAGUGCAAGAGAAUCUGCCCCCUAUAGGGGCAUGGUGCGCACAGCCCUAGGCAUCAUCGAAGAGGAAGGCUUUCUAAAGCUUUGGCAAGGAGUGACACCCGCCAUUUACAGGCACAUAGUGUACUCUGGGGGUCGAAUGGUCACAUAUGAACAUCUCCGAGAAGUUGUGUUUGGCAAAAGUGAAGAUAAGCAUUAUCCCCUUUGGAAAUCAGUCAUUGGAGGGAUGAUGGCUGGUGUUAUUGGCCAAUUUUUAGCCAACCCAACUGACUUAGUGAAGGUUCAAAUGCAAAUGGAAGGAAAAAGGAAACUUGAAGGAAAACCAUUGCGAUUUCGUGGUGUGCAUCAUGCAUUUGCAAAAAUCUUAGCUGAAGGAGGAAUACGUGGGCUUUGGGCAGGCUGGGUACCCAAUAUACAAAGAGCAGCGCUGGUGAAUAUGGGAGAUUUAACCACUUAUGAUACAGUGAAACACUACUUGGUAUUGAAUACACCACUUGAAGACAAUAUCAUGACUCAUGGUUUAUCAAGUUUAUGUUCUGGCCUGGUAGCGUCUAUUCUGGGAACACCAGCUGAUGUCAUCAAAAGCCGAAUAAUGAAUCAACCACGAGAUAAACAAGGAAGGGGGCUUUUGUAUAAAUCAUCAACUGACUGCUUGAUUCAGGCUGUUCAAGGUGAAGGAUUCAUGAGUCUGUAUAAAGGCUUUUUACCAUCUUGGCUGCGAAUGACCCCUUGGUCACUGGUGUUCUGGCUUACUUAUGAAAAAAUCAGAGAGAUGAGUGGAGUCAGUCCAUUUUAAGCCCUUAAAGAUGCAGCCCUUACAGAUACAAUGUUCAGUGUUAUUGAAAUGUGGGCAUCUGCAACACACACCCCCUAUUAUUUGUACCUGUUUAGGAAGACACUCCACAGAGACUGUGAUUUAUAGGGGGCAGCACUUUAUUUUACUCUGGAAACCUGAGUUCUCUUUGACUCCUCUUUUUAUCCAAAAGUGAUCUGGUUGGAUCUUACGAGGCUAUCCAUUGAGAGCCAGCACAGCAUAUUCUAAAGAAGAAUUGAACCCUGACCACUUUCACCUUUGCUGAGAAGUUUGGCCUUUGAGAUGCUAUUCUGUGCUGAAGAGCCUGCUUAGAGGAGUGCCAGGAGGGAGACAGCAUCUCAGAUCUGAAGUAGACAGUAGGAAUGUGGAAGAAUGUAUACGUAGUGCUUAAGAAAUACGUUCAACCUGUUAUGUCAGUAUUUAUAAUUGAAGUUUGGCAGUUCACUUUUCUGUUGUUAAAGUGUACAUAUUGUAAAUUAAAGGCAGGUGAAUGAAAAUUAAUGAAUAAACAUUUUGAGAUUACCUAGUGUUGAAGGAAGUUAAUGUAUCUGUUCUUGUCAGGAGGAUGAAAAAAAGAAAAAUCAAGUUGAGAUGACAUUUGGAUUUCAAGGAAAGAAGCUGCUUUCUGCCAGUGCCCCCUCAUUAGAUCUGUGU